CGACAAGCAUUUGAUUUGCCAUCGACGCGUUGUUUUGCGCGACCAUUGAACAGAAUGAUUGGAAAUACGAGGCGUCGUGGACGGCUCAAGUGAUUUGUGUUUGCGUAUCUAACGAGUGGAAAGUUUUUAGUUCUCAAUUGUAUCUAUCACGUGUCGGGAUCCUGAUGCAGCAUCAGUUGUUAUCAAUUCAGGCUCAAUGUUUACUUUUAUAAAUACAUACAUACAUCCAUCGUAUGUUUUGAUUUGAUGAGAUACUGCUGUACUAAAAAACGAACCCGUGGAUUAAUUAUUUAUGAAAGCUUGUGAAAUUGCUGCCUAAUUUACAUAACCAUGCAGGCGAACAAACUACCGCCCAAUCCCCGCGAGUCGGCAGGUAUUUUAUCCUCGCUAAUGUUCUGCUUUGCACUGCCCAUUUUGUUCAAGGGUCGCCGACAGACGCUUCAGCCAUCGGAUUUGUACAAAACACUGGACGAGCAUGGAGCCGAAACUCUUGGCGAUGAGUUCUUUCGGGAAUGGGAGGAUGAGGUGGCCCGGUGUCGGGGAAAGGACCAAAGGACCCACCGGGAACCAAGUGUCCUUCGGGUCAUUGGACGCGUCUUUGGCUGGCAGCUAAUCCUUUCGGGUAUAGUAAUUGCCGUAUUGGAACUGGGAACUAGGGCCACGGUGCCGCUUCUUUUGGCCGGACUGAUAUCGGAGUUCAGUGAACAUGGAAAUGGGAGCAGCAAUUACGCACAGAUCUAUGCCGUGCUCUUGAUAGUUUGCAUCCUGGCCAGUGUUUUGCUGACGCACCCCUACAUGAUGGGCAUGAUGCACUUGGCCAUGAAAAUGCGGGUGGCGGUGAGCGCUGCCAUCUACCGAAAGGCUCUCCGCCUGAGCCGCACAUCGCUGGGAGAUACCACAAUCGGCCAGGUGGUGAACCUGCUGUCCAACGAUCUCAACCGCUUCGACAGAUGCCUCAUCCAUUUUCACUUCCUCUGGCUGGGCCCGUUGGAGCUUUUGAUAGCCGCCUACUUCCUAUACCAGCAGAUUGGCUUUGCUUCCCUCUACGGAAUCAGUAUCUUGAUACUCUACCUACCGCUGCAAACCUACAUGAGUCGAAUCACCUCCAAGCUGCGCCUGCAGACUGCUCUCCGAACGGAUCAGCGGGUGCGCAUGAUGAACGAGAUCAUCUCGGGCAUUCAGGUGAUCAAGAUGUAUACUUGGGAGCGUCCCUUCGGCAAGCUGAUCGAGCAGAUGCGUCGCAGCGAGAUGAGCUCUAUACGCAAGAUAAAUCUGUUGCGAGGCAUCUUGCUUUCGUUCGAGAUCACCCUCGGACGCAUUGCUAUCUUUGUGAGCCUUUUGGGAUUCGUCCUGGCGGGCGGUCAACUGACGGCGGAGCGGGCCUUCUGCGUCACUGCAUUCUACAACAUCCUGAGACGCACGGUGAGCAAGUUCUUUCCCAGUGGAAUGUCUCAGUUUGCUGAGUUGUUGGUAUCCAUGCGGCGCAUCAAGAAUUUUAUGAUCCGCGAAGAGGCAAAUAUUUUGGAUGUGUCACUGGAAACGGAAGAGAAACCUGCUGAGGAGCAGCAUUUGCUGCAAGCAGUAGAGAAGCAGCCAACUUCCAAUAGAAAUGGAAAACUUCCGGAUGUUUUAGUAGAGAUCAAAGGCUUGAGAGCCCGUUGGAGCCAGGAGCACCACGAGCCCGUGCUGGAUAACAUCAACAUGUCACUGAAAAGUGGCCAACUAGUGGCGGUGAUCGGACCCGUUGGUUGCGGAAAAUCAAGCCUUGUUCAGGCCAUCUUGGGAGAGCUGCCGCCAGAAAUGGGAUCUGUUGAUGUGAUGGGCAGGUUCUCCUAUGCCUCCCAGGAGCCAUGGCUCUUCAACGCCUCUGUGCGCGACAACAUUCUUUUCGGUUUGCCCAUGGAUAAGCAGCGCUAUCGAACUGUGCUGAAGAAGUGCGCUCUGGAACGCGAUUUGGAGUUGCUGCAAGGCGAUGGAACCAUCGUGGGCGAGCGUGGAGCUUCCCUGUCCGGUGGUCAGAGGGCGAGAAUCUGUUUGGCUCGAGCUGUGUACCGUAAGGCAGAUGUUUACCUCCUGGAUGAUCCCCUCAGCGCUGUGGACACGCAUGUUGGUCGGCAUCUCUUCGAUGAAUGCAUGCGCGGCUUCUUGGGUGACAAGUUGGUGGUUCUGGUCACCCAUCAACUGCAGUUCUUGGAGCAUGCCGAUCUGAUUGUGAUUAUGGACAAGGGAAAGGUUUCGGCAUGCGGCACUUACGAGGAGAUGCUAAAGAGCGGCCAGGACUUUGCCCAGCUUUUGGCCGAAAGCACUCAAAAUGGUGGUGAUGAUGAGGGGACCGAGAAUACUCCGGGCUAUUCUCGCCAAAGCAGCUCGCUGAGCACAGGCAGCUCGAAAGGAAGCUCCUCAUCGCUGGAAUCCCUGGAAAAAGAGAAGGAGAAACCCAAGCCAACCGCGGCACCAGUUCUGGAGUCCCGUGGUGGUGGUGAAAUCGGAGUGGCAAUGUACAAAAAGUACUUUAGCGCAGGCUGUGGUGUUCUGGUUUUCGCUUUACUGAUGCUCCUGUGCCUUGGCACUCAACUUCUGGCGUCUGGCGGGGAUUACUUCCUAUCGCACUGGGUUAAGAACACCUCUACGUCAUCAUCUCUGGAAAUUUACUAUUUCACUGCCAUUAAUGUGGGCCUGGUUAUUUGCGCCUUGAUGCGAACUCUGCUCUUCUUCAACAUGACCAUGCACUCCUCCACCGAGCUGCACAACACGAUGUUCCGAGGCGUUUCUCGCACGGCUCUGUACUUUUUCCACACAAAUCCCUCCGGACGGAUUCUCAACCGAUUCGCGAAUGACUUGGGACAGGUGGAUGAGGUGCUGCCCGCUGUCAUGUUGGAUUGCAUACAGAUAUUCCUCACCAUGUCGGGUAUUAUAUGUGUGCUGUGCAUUACGAAUCCUUGGUACCUUAUCAACACGCUGGCAAUGGUGCUUGCCUUUUACUAUUGGCGUGAUUUUUAUCUAAGCACGUCGAGGGAUGUGAAGCGCCUGGAGGCGGUGGCCCGGUCGCCCAUGUACUCGCAUUUCAGUGCCACUCUCACUGGACUUCCCACCAUCCGUGCGAUGGGGGCCCAAAAAACACUGAUCGAGCAAUACGACAAUUACCAGGACUUACACAGCUCCGGUUACUACACCUUUGUUUCCACCAGUCGAGCCUUUGGCUAUUACCUUGAUCUCUUCUGUGUGGUUUACGUGAUAUCGGUGAUACUGCACAGCUUCUUUAAUCCCCCUUUGGGCAAUGCCGGUCAAAUAGGACUGGCCAUCACUCAAGCUUUAGGCAUGACGGGCACAAUACAAUGGGGAAUGCGUCAGUCUGCCGAACUGGAGAACGCAAUGACCUCGGUGGAGCGAGUGCUCGAGUACAAGGACCUAGAAUCCGAGGGAGAGAUCACCUCGCCGGCAGACAAGCGACCACCAAAGAGUUGGCCCCAAGAAGGACAAUUGGUGACAAAGGAUUUGAGCUUGAGGUACGCGCCUGAUCCGAAUGCGGACUACGUUCUCAAGGGGCUGAGCUUUACGAUUAAGCCUAGGGAAAAAGUGGGCAUCGUGGGACGUACAGGUGCGGGCAAAUCCUCGCUCAUUAAUGCUCUCUUCCGGCUUUCUUACAACGAGGGAGCAAUAGUUAUUGACAAGUGGGACACAAACGACAUGGGUCUGCAUGAUCUGCGAAGCAAAAUCUCGAUUAUACCGCAGGAACCAGUGCUCUUUUCGGGAACAAUGCGCUACAACUUGGAUCCCUUUGAGCAGUACCCUGAUGAUAAACUUUGGAAGGCUCUUGAAGAGGUUCAUCUUAAAGAAGAAAUUUCCGAUUUGCCAACGGGUCUGCAGAGCAACAUUUCGGAAGGCGGCACGAACUUUAGCGUAGGUCAACGCCAGUUGGUCUGCUUGGCAAGAGCCAUUCUGCGCGAGAAUCGAAUCCUUGUGAUGGAUGAGGCCACGGCCAAUGUGGAUCCCCAGACGGACGCUCUGAUUCAGGCCACCAUUCGGAACAAGUUCAAGGAUUGCACUGUUCUGACGAUUGCUCAUCGUUUAAACACCAUCAUGGAUUCGGAUAAGGUGUUGGUUCUGGAUGCUGGCAAGGUCGUCGAGUUCGGUUCUCCAUAUGAACUCCUAACGGAGUCCGAAAGCAAAGUGUUCCACGGAAUGGUGAUGCAAACGGGAAAAGCUAGUUUCGACCAUCUGCUAAAAGUUGCCCAGAAUGCCAAGGAAAACCACAUUUAAAGCUGAAAGCUAAAACUGUAAAACUGUAUAAUUAUUAUCGGGCUAUAUUUCAAGAGGAUAUGAAUGCGUUCCUAGGUCAAUGUUUACUGUCUAUAUAAUCAAUUUGUACUUAAGAAUGGUGAGCAACAAUUGACAUUUUAUGUUUUUGUGUACUUAUAUACAAAUAACCUUUUAAUAAAGUAUUUCAAAUAAA